AAUGAUUUGGGGGGUUGCUGUACACUGUACCGUCGGCGCUGCUGGCACUUGAAGGCGGUCACGGCCACUCCUCCAACCGCCAUUAAUGGAGCUGCUGCCCAGCUCCAUGUAAAUUGACAACAGACUGCUUCUCUUCUUCACUGCGCGCUCGCGUCGUUGGCCGCCGGCGCGCGGCCGGAAUAAAUGAAGUGAGAUCCACCGGGGCCGGCCGUCUGGUUAAUUAAGCUGCAGAUCCAGGUACGCACAGCUGCCAGACCAGUGACACCGACGAAACUUCACUGCAGAUCACUCGUUAUCUCACUGGUCGACGACGGACGGACGUACAGGUAACUUCUGCUUGAUGACCGCACCAUGCGCGAAUGUGUCGUGAUGUUGAAUUGGUUUUUAAGCGAGAGGACACACGGCCAUGCAUGCACGUUACUGCAAUUCAAUGCACGGUUCAAGAACAAAAAAAAAAAAAGCUAGAGUAUCACAAGCUAUGGCACUACCACUUGUACUAGCUGGAGUAGUACGGACUUACAGUUUACUGGUAGCUAGCCUCCAAUGCAUGCAUGCACAAUUGUGCGCCCCGGUCCUGCAAAAGUUAGCCGCCGGUAGCCCUGCCUUGCACCUAUAUAAACUCCUGCGUGACUCGCGCUCCUCAGGGUUAUUCGAGUGAUCGUGCCCACAUAUCUCCCCCUUCUUCCUCGGCUGUGUGCUCUGCAAGUGUAGCUGCUGCUAGCUAGAGCAGAGCAGCAAUGGAGUUGGGGCGGUUGGUGACGGUGGUGAUGGCGGCGGCGGUGAGCUCGGCGCUGGUGAUGGUGGCGAGGUGCGACCCGCAGGUGCCGUGCUACUUCAUCUUCGGCGACUCGCUCGUCGACAACGGCAACAACAACUACAUCGUUUCGCUGGCGCGCGCCAACUACCCGCCCUACGGCAUCGACUUCGCCGGCGGCCCGUCCGGCCGGUUCACCAACGGCCUCACCACCGUCGACGUCAUCGCUCAACUCCUGGGCUUCGACAACUUCAUCCCGCCGUACGCCGCCACCAGCGGUGAUCAGAUCCUCAACGGCGCCAACUUCGCCUCCGCCGCCGCCGGAAUCCGUGCCGAGACCGGCCAGCAGCUGGGUGGCCGGAUCCCGUUCGCCGGGCAGGUGCAGAACUACCAGACGGCGGUGCAGACGCUGAUCAGCAUCCUGGGGGACCAGGACACGGCGUCGGACCGCCUGAGCAAGUGCAUCUUCAGCGUCGGGAUGGGCAGCAACGACUACCUCAACAACUACUUCAUGCCGGCGUUCUACAACACCGGCAGCCAGUACACUCCCGAGCAGUUCGCCGACUCGCUCAUCGCCGACUACCGCCGGUACGUCCAGGUGCUGUACAACUACGGCGCGCGGAAGGUGGUGAUGAUCGGCGUGGGGCAGGUCGGGUGCAGCCCCAACGAGCUCGCCCGGUACAGCGCCGACGGCGCCACCUGCGUGGCCCGCAUCGACUCCGCCAUCCAGAUCUUCAACCGGCGUCUCGUCGGCCUCGUCGACGAGAUGAACACCCUCCCGGGGGCGCACUUCACCUUCAUCAACGCGUACAACAUCUUCAGCGACAUCCUCGCCAACGCGGCGUCGUACGGGUUCACGGAGACCACCGCGGGGUGCUGCGGCGUCGGGAGGAACAACGGGCAGGUGACGUGCCUGCCGUACGAGGCGCCGUGCAGCAACAGGGACCAGCACAUCUUCUGGGACGCGUUCCACCCGUCGGAGGCGGCCAACAUCAUCGUCGGCCGGCGAUCCUACCGCGCCGAGUCGCCCAACGACGCCUACCCGAUGGACAUCGCCACGCUCGCCUCCGUCUGAGAUCGAUCGGAUCGGUAGCUGCUCGCGGCUCAGUAUAUACAUACAUACAUACGCACGCAGCCUCAAGAUUCCCAGCGCCCACAAGCUAAAGGGUGUAACUCUCUCUUUUUUUCCCCUUUUUUUGAGGUGGUUAUAUUACUUCGGUUUGUACCGGGUAGGCAAUAAUUGUUGUCAUAAGGAUUGGUGUCUUCCUAGUCGUUUUCAACCUACUGCGUGCCUGGAAUCUUGAUGGGUGAGAGAGGAGAGAACAGGCAUUCGGUUCUUCGGUUUAUAGAUGUGUUCAGUGCUGGAGAGAGCACAGAUAAAUAUGUUCAGACAAGACAUAUUUUAGAUUCGGAGAUUUUUCAUACAACUGUACACCGAAUAGAUGUAUUCCUCAUUCUUUGUAUGCAUGGCAACCUUUUUCUCAA